AUGUUGAAAGAAGAGAGUAAAGACAUUGGUAUUGGAGAGUACAACAUGGCACGAGCCUGUGACACAUGCCGGUCAACACCCUGCACCGUGUACUGCCGUGCUGACUCUGCCUACUUGUGCACGAGCUGUGAUGCUCAAGUUCACUCUGCCAAUCGUGUUGCUUCCCGCCACAAACGAGUCCAGGUGUGCGAGUCAUGUGAGCGUGCCCCGGCUGCUUUCCUGUGUGAGGCAGAUGAUGCGUCUCUAUGCAUAGCCUGUGAUUCAGAGGUUCAUUCCGCAAACCCACUUGCUAGACGCCAUCACCGAGUUCCAAUUCUCCCAAUAUCUGGAAUCUCGUACACCUCCAUGGCCACUGAUCCAGAGAAGACAGUGAUGGUGGUGGAUCCAAAGGGAGGUGAAGAGGAUGCCAAAGAGGACGCUUCGUGGUUGUUCCCACAUUCAGAUAUAUAUAAUGACAGUCACAAGAACCAUGACCAGAACAAUGGUUUCUUGUUUAGUGAUGAGUAUCUAGAACUUACGGAUUACAACUCGAGGAUGGACUACAAAUUCACAGGUCAAUACACACAGCAUCAACAAGACUGCAGUGUACCACAGACAAGCCACGGGGGAGAUAGAGUUGUUCCGCUUCAGCUUGACGAAUCAAGGAGCCAUUUGCAACACAAUCAACACAAUUUUCAGUUCGAUAUCUCCUCAGGAAGUCACUACAGCUACAAUGGUUCCAUAAACCAUAACGCAUGUACGGAAACAGACUUUGUCCCGGAGUCAAUAGCAAGUGACGCAAGAACGCCCAAAGUGACGAUGGACCAACCACUACCUGACCCUCCAACCCAACUUAGUCCAAUGGACAGAGAAGCCAGAGUCCUGAGAUACAGAGAGAAGAAGAAGACUAGGAGAUUUGAGAAGAUAAUAAGGUAUGCUUCAAGGAAGGCAUAUGCAGAGAGAAGACCAAGGAUCAAUGGCCGUUUUGUAAAGAGCAGAGAAAUCGAAAUCGAAGCUGAGGAGGACCAAUGCUUCAACACAAUGCUAAUGUACGACACUGGAUAUGGCAUUGUUCCUUCCUUCUGA